CAGCUAGCGACAAGCUAACUGGGCAAAUUCAAAUAUGGCAAGUGCACAACUCUUUGGACUGCGAUGACGAAAACUAGUUCGUCAAGAUCUGGCAAUUAUUAACAUUUACGAUAGACUGGUAGGUUAAUGGCGGUUGAAAGCGCUAUGGAGAACUCAUUGUCAAGGACUUCAGUUAUUUGCCCUCAUUUAAUAAAUGGAAGGUGGGCCUUUUGAAUAUCACUGUGCAGCAACUCAAGCUUUUGGUUUCGUGUAAGUGUCAGUGGAUUUUAAUUACUUGACACGCAAAUUGGCCAAGCAAUGAAGCGUACAGUUAAUGAAUAAAUUACCAAAUAAAAUCAUAUAAGGCCUUGUAUUUGGGCUACGUGUCUCACAUCCUCCUUCCAGUAGAUCCGGGUGACAGCAUGGAAAAGCAAACAAGUGUCACCUGUAACCAGUGAAAUGGCAAAUAUACAACAUUGUUGUUAGUCAUUUACUGACUAGGGAGAUGGCAUGCAAGUGGCCGACUCUUCACUGUGUAGUAGUUGUAGUUUCUAGCUGCUAUUGUAACAAAACUUCAAGAGACUAAUCGAGAAUCAAAGUGAAGUUGUGUACCUUGCUGCUCAUUGAGCCACAAUGCCAUCGACACUGUUUGUCUUGUUGCUGCUGGCGGCGUCAUGUAGCCUGGGACGUGCCAUGUCACGGGACGAGAAACUCAAGUUGAGGAACCAAGUGGUAGAGAUGUUCGACCACGCGUACCAGAAUUACAUGGACCAUGCUUACCCAGCCGAUGAGCUGAUGCCGCUAACAUGCAGAGGAAGAGUACGAGGACUGGAACCCAGUCGGGGCGACGUGGACGAUGCGCUCGGAAAGUUCUCGUUAACCCUCAUAGACACUCUGGAUACGCUUGUGCUUUUGAACAAGACGGUGGAGUUUGAGACUGCAGUCAGGAGAGUCUUGUCAGACGUCAGGUUGGACAAUGACAUCGUGGUGUCGGUAUUUGAAACCAACAUUCGAGUCCUCGGAGGUCUGUUGGGUGGACACUCCAUGGCUUUGAUGCUGAAGGAAGAAGGACACCACAUGCGGUGGUACCAAGACGAGCUGCUGCACAUGGCCAAAGACCUGGGCCUCCGACUUCUGCCAGCGUUCAACACCAGCAGUGGCCUUCCUUACCCCCGGGUGAACUUGAAAUACGGCGUCAGGGGUCCUGAGACGCGGACGGGCACAGAAACGGACACCUGCACAGCAUGCGCCGGAACCAUCAUCCUGGAAUUUGCUGCCUUAAGUCGCUUCACUGGGGAUCCCGUGUUUGAGGCACAUGCCCGGAGAGCCCUGGACUUUCUUUGGGAGAAGAGGCAGAGGAACAGCAAUCUGGUGGGAACCACCAUCAACAUCCACUCAGGAGAGUGGGUCCGCCGCGACAGUGGCGUUGGAGCAGGGAUUGACUCGUACUAUGAAUACCUCCUCAAGGCCUACGUUCUUCUGGGAGAUGACCAGUUUCUUCAGCGCUUCAAUAUUCACUAUGCAUCCAUCAUGAAGUACAUAAGCCAGCCUCCCCUGCUGUUGGACGUUCACAUCCACAAACCUCUGCUUCCCGCUCGCACUUGGAUGGACUCUCUGCUGGCUUUCUUCCCUGGUCUGCAGGUGUUGAAGGGAGACAUCCGUCCAGCCAUUGAGACUCAUGAAAUGUUGUAUCAAGUUACCAAAAAACACAACUUCCUACCAGAGGCCUUCACGACUGAUUUCAGGGUACACUGGGCCCAGCAUCCACUCAGGCCGGAGUUUGCUGAGAGCACCUAUUUCCUUUACAAGGCCACAGGGGACCCGUACUAUCUUGAAGCGGGUCGCACCAUCAUGGACAACCUUAACCGCUUUGCUCGGGUCCCAUGCGGGUUCGCUGCCAUGAAGGACGUGCGGACGGGCAGCCACGAGGACCGAGGCAACCUGCAAGAAGGGGACGAUCACAUGAUCAAACCCAGAAAACAGCCGUACAGCGGCUGCAGCGAGAUCACCAACGACGAGUACGUGCGCGGCCACAUCGCUCUGCUGCAGAGGGGCCAGUGCAUGUUCGCCGAGAAGGCCCGGCACAUCCAGAAGGCCGGCGCCAUCGGAGGCAUCGUCGUCGACGACAACGAAGGAAGCAGCAGCGACACGGCGCCUCUCUUC